AUGGUCUCAAGAACCUCCAGCGAUGGCCCUCCGCCCGGAGGAGGCCGACAAUGGAAGUCAUUGAUCAACAAGAUCCCAAGACGAGGGAUCAAAAUAAUCAGCCAACAUGCCCCCGAAACAAGUACCUCCGACCUCGACCUUCAUCUCAGAUCUCCAGAUAGCCACUCCACGAAUCCUUUAGAAAGCCAAGAAACUCAUAUCCGACAACUGCAGACCAUUCUUCAGCGGAUGCCUCGUAACUUCCCAACUACGCCCAACCACGUUGACUCGGCCUACAAAGACUUCACAAAAUACAAGGAGCAAUGUGCUACGCUCUGCAGACAUAUUCUCACCGAAGAACUCGGUCGCGGUUCUCGUAAUGGUGGUGACCUCCCCCGCCGUGACUCAACCGUCGAGUCCCCACAAAGUCCUGGCCAGAUUUACGAUACAAGGAGUUCUUUCAGUGGAAGAAGCCUCGCUGAGGUUGUCUCUGGGAGCGUUGGAAAGAGCAUACACCAGACUGAUGCCUGGCUGUCCUCUGUGCGCGACUGGAAGAACUACCUCGAGUCCCUUGCCGAUGCUUGCCGGACAAGUCUAAUUGAGACCUACAAGAACAACGAGCGCGAUGCAACGCCGGAACAGGUGGAAGCCCUGUUCACGAAUAAGCGGUUUCGAAAGGAGGCUGUGCAGCGAAUGCGCAAUGCCAGUGUAACCCGGGUCAUGUCGGCAGAUCCCCAAUUCUUUCCAAAAUAUGAAAUGCGCUUUUACGAUUACGAGAGAAUCAAACAGGAGUUGAACGAGAUUCGACAGCUUCUGCAAACAGGAGAGUCAGGCAUCUCACCUGACCGGACCAUCAAAGAGUUUGCAAUCUCACAGCGCGGCGAUGCUAUACUAGAGUUCGCCAACAAUGCGCCUGGAUGUACCCACAGUGAUCCGGCACUACGUUUUCGAGUCUCGUCUUACAUGCUCGCUGAGACGUCACCUAUCUUUGCGCGCAUGUUUGCAGGGCACUCUAGUAGUCUCCAUCUCUACGACGAUGACGAUAUCUCGACACUGCUCCCGUUACCCCCAACAAAAUAUUUCUGUAAGGAUGGCUCCGAAGCUAAGCUUUACCGCAUGCCGCAGGUUGAGUUGAACCAUCUGGGUUCUCUGGAGAUUCUAUUACACGCAGCACACAUGCAUAACGAAAUGGUUCCACGAGAGAUUGAGUUCGAGCAGUUUGUUGCUAUUGCCGAGUGUUGCAUGCGGUACAAGAGUACUUCUCCUCUAGAACUCAUCGUUGAACAUCGAUGGCUGCCACAAUGGAUGCACAAGGGUGCUGACGAUAUGCCUGAUGGGCUCUUGGUCAUCAGCUACGCGUUUGGACUCCGUCGACUGUUUUCGCGCAUGUCCAAGACUACGAUUCUGAACCUUGUGGAUGAGAAAGAGUUGUUGGCUAAACCCUGGCCACAGAAAAUUAAGGAUAAAAUUUGGGCUGUUCGUUGCGCAAAGAUGGCACAAAUUCACGAGUGUUGCGUCAGUACUAUCCGAGAAUACAUGCGGGAACCAACACACAACACGUUGGAGGGUUCGGAAGAGCUUUCACUGGAUACACGAGCCAGCCUUUCCUCGGACAGUCUACCACCGACGAUGCUGACGAGUUCACCAAGAUGUCCCAAGGGCAGUCAUUGGUGUGACGCCACGAACCUCGGAUGGCUGAUGCUACUUUACAAUGAGAUGAACCUUCUGCCUCAUAUUAUGGCGCCAGAUGUUUUGUCUCACUUACCCAGAACACAGCCACAGUCGAAGAGUUUGGCGCAGAUCGUGGAUGCUUUGAGAAGGAUUCCCGCACCGCCAACACCCGUCCAUCGAGGCGUUUGUGAUCCUGGGCCAAUGUUCCGCUCUGCUAUUAGCGAUAUAUACAACAGUGUGCUGGGCUUGACGCUCUUUGAUAUCAGUGGGAAGAGCCAUGGCUGGGGACUGUCGAAGCACAGAGAACGAGAACCUCAAACACAGCUCAACAAAGGCCUUGACCGGAUGGCUGCACCCGAUCCGAACUACAGCGUUGCUACCGAGUUCCCCGAGAUUGUUCGUCUCCGUAUCUUAUGUCAGCUGGAUGAAAUCGACGAUCUUCACACAGCAGCCAUGAUCAACCGCGCAUACUACGAGACCUACAAGAAGCAUGAGCUGUAUCUAAUGAGAAACAUCCUCCGCAUGGAUCGCAAACGAACAGCAACUCGCAGCCACAUACCAAUCGGCCCUACCACCAACGAAGAGAAGGUUCUUAGAGUUGAAUCGGAAGUGUUGAAACGCACACCAGCGGAUACUGCAGACGGCAUCACUCUUCACAGUGUUGUUGAAACGGAAGGAGACUACACAGACUCCGACUCGGACAGUGAUAGUCUGUACUCAACUUCAGUGACUCCAUCCCUUCCAAGAUCAGCUGCUACUACAAGCACAACCACCCGGGGCCGUGACUACCAGGGUUCGUCAGACCCUGUGCGGAUCACGGAUAGCCCCGCACGGACACCACGGGCCCGGACCGGGACACCCACAUCAAGAUCCACCGGCAUCGGAUCUCCGACGACCCCUCGGCAGGCCGUAUUUGACCCACCACCGCCUCCAACCACAGCACCACCGAUAACCACAAUCGACGAGCCUCCUCUCACAGUCGAGGAGGCAAACCGAAUUCUUUGGCCAGAAGACGCCAUCCGAGCUUCCGAGUCACCGUUACCAAUAGCUCCAACAGGCAUAGAAGGCAUUCGCGAAAAGUUCCGCGCCGGCGAUCCCGCGUUUGACGCGGGGCUUGAAGAGAAGACUCUUGUGCCAACUGGGGAAAAGCAGUUGAGAAGUGAACAUGACAGACAGGUUGGACUGCUGAAAGGUGGUGAUUCUUCAGUCUCGAGUUCCUCGCCUUCAAGUUCUCUUGCGGCCGACCUUAUUCACUCUCCACGCCCUGAAUUUUCCGAUUUUGUACUCAUCACAUCAAUCAACAUGUACCAUUAUGACCGUAUUAAACGCUUCCAGUCAUGUCAUCGGAGACGAACACAUGAGAAUGAUCUCUGUUCCUCUUGGGUAUACUCACCCGAGUCAAAUGUUCACAUCACCAGGGACCGGGAAUGGUUUGAGGAUGAUUACAUGGCUUUUAGUAGCAUCAUUCACCAUACACCUGAUAAGCCGUGGAGUGACGCAGUCAGUUUUGCAAACAAUGGGUUGGAAUUAAACCCGGAGGACUACACUUGGGCUCACGGUGUCGGUACCGUCAUACUCAAGACUAAGCGCUCUCCCCGGGGACGUGGGAGACCGAACACGAGCGAGCUUGUACUAAAGAACGUCAUCUUUGCGCCAAACUACAUCUGCAAUGUCAUUGGAGGAAAUAUCGCAGAGGAUGGUUACGUGGUCGAAGUUGGCCCCAGUAGGAACAGAAACUCAAUGCAGCAGAUCGAAGUCAGACUAUGGAGGCCUCCAUUGGAUCGAGAGAUAAUGGAGAGAUCGGCAUUCCCUCAGCGCAUCAGAUACGACUUACCAUUCUUCAAACAUAACAUACAGGCCAAGUGGCCAGUCGAUGAAAGACACCGCUUUGAGAGGUACAGAUCAACUCGGUGUCCGUCUGUCAACAUUGGGGAACAGCCCUGGUCGGAGGAAGAGUUGCAGUGGCUCAGGGGCGAGGGCAUAGAUUUCGACGGAGAGGUCGAGAGGGCUAGAUUUCGUCAUGACAUGGAACACCCUGCGGACGCUGGGAGUCUCAAGACUCGUAAAGUUGUCACAAUUUUGAGAGGAAAACACCGCGCGCGGUGGUCGAGGAACCCACUCCAGUAUCACUUUGACCUUCAUACGAGAUUCCGUGAAGCGUUAAAGUGCGGCUGGGUGUUUUCCUUCGCCCAGAACAGCUUUGUGAAUCAAGUGUGGGGUGAUGCCAAGGAGUUCAUGUAUAUGUAUGGAUACAGGUAUGAAGUCGAUGAUGACUGCAGGAUGGCGGCUAUGCAGGUGAAGGAUAUUAUGAGUGAACAGGGGUUGGAGGUUUCUAGCGAUGAGGAGGGGGAAGACGAGGAUGAGGACGAUAGUGCGUGGGAGGAUACGAACGAGGAGAUUUGCCCCGAGCCGUGA